UAUCUCUAACUGAAUGAGAAUCACCUUCCACGUCUGAACAUGACCGAAUUCGAGAAAAAGCCAGUGGAUGUGCAGGAAGAUGACGAACCCGAUGACUGGGACAAGCGGAUCAUCGAUACCGGCUGUGCCGAUGAAAACUUGAAGUUGCAGCUCUGCCACGCCGACUCUGGCGACUGGAGAAAGUGCACCCAGGAGAUGGAGGCAUUCCGCAAGUGCUGGGACGAGCACCAGAACAACAUCCGCACCAGAACCAAGAACAACUAGAUCCUGGGAGAGCAACGUGUGAAGCUAUCUUUUCUGACUCACUCUGGUAAUCCCUUUCCAUCCAACCCUGUAUAUAUCUGGGUGAGAUUUGGGUAUGCCAUAAUAAAUAUUGUAAGAAUGACAAAUGUGAAAGGUAUAAAAAGGAGCGGCAGUAAGGAUCGUACAAAGGCUGUAUCGAUCAUUCACAGAUUGAAAGGCAGAGCACUGAUACGGUAAAAAAAAAUUACUGCGUAUGCUCUGUUCUUGUGUAUACUACAUGAUAUAGUUUUAUUAAAUUUUCCGAUUCACUGGGGAAUUCUGAUACGAACCAUGAUGUGGUCGGCCAAUUCGGUUAAAACGCAAGACUAUUGCUAUCUAAGACAAUAGCUGGAGUGUUUGACUCGACAUUGAAUGAAAAAAUGGGGAUGUAGAUGUGAAAAAUAUACGAAUAUUUCGC